CAAAAAAACCCUCCACGAGCCCCUUCACGAGCUCCUUCACGACGCCUCUGUGUUCACUUUAUUCUGACGGACUGGAGGCCAGGGGAGGUAAUAUCAUGCAAACUUUCAUCGGAGUCCCACAUCUCUUAUUGGUUCUAGUGCUGCAUGGGAUACCUGCGCAGAUUUCACAACCUCCGGAAGACGGCCACUCCAAAUUGAUGAGGUUCCAGGAGGUGUGGGCGAGGAGCUUGUGUCGGCCCAUGGAGCAGUUGGUGGAUGUGGAGCAGGAGUACCCUGGAGAGUUGGAGUACAUCUACAUGCCUGCUUGUGUCCCACUUUGGCGAUGCGCUGGCUGCUGUGGGGAUGAAAACCUGGAGUGCCAGGCUUUACUUGAACGCAACAUCACUCUGCAGGUAAUGAGGCUUCAUCCCAUGAUCUCUAUGCAUCAUGUAGAGCUCACAUUUGUGGAGCAUCAGACAUGUGAAUGCAGAGCCCGCCAGAAACUUCAAAAUGAUAAAAGCAGCACUGAGUCUAUAAAGAACAGACCUCGGAGGAGGAAACACAAGAAGACAGCAAACGGCUGUGGCAAGUGCCAGUUCCCGCAAAACAAGAUCAAUCUUCAUUGAGCAACAUUUUAGUCGUAACUUUAAUUUGGAGAUGUUUAGAGAAGUUGACAUCACAUUUGUGGAUUGAUUUUAUUGGUUCCUUCUUUGACCAUUUUCUUGUUUCCUCAUCCUGUUUAUCCAUCAGAAUUUCCAUCUUGUCUGUGACAUCCAUGUGUCUUCUGAUUGAAAAAACAAAGCAAACAAUCAAGCCUUGCUUGUAACUGUCGUUUAUAACGGACCAAAGUCAAUGUCAAUUUAGAUUUGAUAUGAUUCAGGUUGCUUUUGUAUGAGGUUUUAAACACAGACACAGGCAGAUUUAGAACAGGUUUAGAGAUAAUCGUUGUAAUUUGCUUGCCAGCUGCCAGAGGAAAGGAUUUCAUUCAUUCAUCCAACCUGAGGUGUUCCCUGAAUAAACUGUCUGAUCAUCCACGGACAACACUCACAGAGAGGCCAUGAACUUCUCCAUCCCUUCAUAUUCAGUGUGACUUUAAGAAACUGACUCCUGUUUUUAUUGUUGUGCUAGUGCUACAAAAACAUAUUUUUUACUUUAUGUCUUACUUGCUUUAACUCUGCCUUAAAUAAAUGUGUGAAAUAAAAUUAGCUAAAAAGAAA